ACAUAUGGCACCUAGAAGCUUUUUUGGGGUAGAGGAUUUCCUUGAUGAUGACAAUAGCCGACCUUACACAUACCAAAAAGGGAAGAAGUCAAAGAAUCCAAACAAGCACAUAUCUUUCAAACAAAGAACGAUUGCGUACAUGGAGCCGUUUACACUUGAUGUGUUUAUCUCAAAACGCUUUGUAUCAGCUUCACUUACUCACAGGGUGACAAGCAAACAGGUUGCAGUUGCUGGUACCAACUCCAAGGACAUAAAAGCUGUUCUUAGGUCUCGGUCAGACAUACCAGCAUGCAUAUCCAUCGGUAAGAUUUUAUCUGAAAGAGCAAGAGAAGCUGAUGUUUACACUGCUUCCUACACUCCAAGGGAAAGGGACAAGUUUGAAGGGAAAAUCAGAGCUGUAGUUCAAUCACUCAUUGAUAAUGGGAUUGAUAUCAAGGUUUACCUUGAUUGAGUUGAGUAACUCAAGAUUUUUGGCUAUCAGUUUGAUAUCAAUUGGUGAUCACUGGUUUGGUUUUGUGGCUAUCAGUUUGAGAUGUCAAUUGGUGAUUACUGGUUUGGUUUUGUGGCUAGUUAGUUACUGCUUUUAUGGAUAGGAAGGUGGACAAGCAUUGUUUAUGGU